AUGGAUAGACAAGUAUCACCACUUGCGCAGGAGCAAACACUAGAAGGACCUCCAUCUCUUCUCAAGUAUCUAUAUACCGCUCAGUUUCUUGCAAGAUGGGGCGCCAGAAUGUGGGAAUUCUCUGUCGGUUUAUAUAUGAUCAAUGUUUGGCCAAACUCUUUGCUCCUUGCUGCUAUUUAUGGUGUUGUGGAAUCUGCCUCUACUGCAUUAUUUGGUCCCAUUAUUGGACGGUGGUUGGCUAGACUGUCAUAUGUAAAGGUUCUUCAACUUUGGUUAGUAACCCAGAAUCUCUCCUUCAUAGUUGCUGGAGGUGCAGUAAUGGCCUUACUGGUGUUUUCAAGUCUGAAGUUCAGAAAUCUCUUAGCAUUCAUCUUCCUGGUGAUAUUAACCAACAUCUCUGGAGCUAUCGGUGUGGUUUCAACUCUAGCCGGCACCAUCCUGAUCGAAAGAGAAUGGGUGGUGGUAAUAUCAGAAGGCUAUCCUCCUGGAUUACUAACUGCGAUGAAUUCUAUUAUCAGACGAAUUGAUCUAACCUGCAAGUUAGGUGCACCAGUUAUAACUGGCUUCAUUAUCAGCUUUUUAUCACUAGAAGCAUCUGCUAUGACCAUAGCACUGUGGGCAACUACAUCUGUUUGGGUGGAAUAUUGGCUUCUUAUGUCUCUGUAUAAAGGGAUCCCAGCUUUAAGUGAAAACAGCCGGAAGAGGAUUUCAGACGUUUCACCAAGUGAUGAUGUAAUCCACGAGGAGGACACCAUAUCAGCUUCUCAGGAACGAAAUAAUAAACUUUCCAAUGAUGGAGAGAAUUCAGUAGCCGCAGGAAAAAACUGUGGAAGUAAAAUUAUUGAGUGGGUCUCUAAGGUUCCCUACAUUGACGCAUGGGGAGUGUAUUUGCAACAGGAUGUUGUUCUACCGGGAGUUGCUUUAGCUUUGUUAUAUUUCACCGUCUUAAGCUUUGGGACUUUGAUGAUGGUAGCCCUGGAAUGGGAAGGCAUACCGGCAUUUGUAAUUGGAAUGGCACGUGGCAUUAGUGCUGCAAUUGGAAUAGCUGCGACAGUUGUGUACCCUGUGCUACAAUCUCGUAUUUCAACAUUCAGAACAGGUCUCUGGUCUGUGUGGUCUCAGUGGAUUUGCCUGCUGGUUUGUGUCGCUUCAAUUUGGGUCAAAUAUAGCCAUUUCUCAGCAUAUAUGCUGAUGGGUGGAGUUGCCACAUCUCGGCUUGGUUUGUGGAUGUUCGACUUAUCGGUCACCCAACAAAUGCAGGAUCUUGUUCCUGAAUCUGAUCGUUUCGUUGUGGGAGGUGUUCAGAACUCACUUCAGUCCACCUUGGAUUUGAUGGCUUAUGUCAUGGGAAUAAUAAUCUCGAAUCCCAAGGAUUUCUGGAAGUUAAUUUUGAUGUCCUUCUUGGCGGUGACGUUGGCUGCAGUUCUGUACAAUUAUCAUCAUUACCGAAUUGGGAAGCACAUUUUUCACUUUGAGAAGCUGUCAUCAUUAGUUAAGUGCUCAUAA